AGCACCACACUUGAGCAGCUAGAGAUGUGUGUGAGCAGCAGGGUUUAAUGGGUGUGUUUGUGUCUCAGGAUCUGUGUGGAGAGACGACAGAGCUGACGGAGCGCUGUGAACUCAUCAGUGAGCGACUGCAUUACCUGGAAGAGCAGCUUCAGACCGCCAUAGAGCAGCACGACAUGGACCUCACUCUGUCCUUAGAGAAGGAGGUUCAGGAAGUGAAGGCUGCUCUUCAAGCGAUGCUGUCUCAGCUGAAGGAGGAGGAAGAGGAGGAUGAAGAGAAGUAUUGUGAUGUAGAAGAAGAGGAGCAUUACUUCAGUGACAGCUGGGAAAUCUGAACAGACUCAUGAUUUAUAUUUAUGUUGCAUUCACGGUGCCUGUGCAAGUCUGUUUUCAUACUGUCAUCUUGCACUGAGCUCUCGCACUUAAAGAGAAUAGUUCCUCUUAUUCUAGUUUCAUUUACUUGCCCACAUGUAAUUUUAAAAGCACUGUACUGUACUCUGUGCUGCAUUUUAGUCUU